CAGACCCAAAUUCAUUUCGAAUACUAAUACCUUACAAUUAAACACAAUUUACAGUGGCAACAGCUAGUGAUUAUUAACUACAAACACAAGCAAAAAUAUCGACAUAUUCAUUGCUUUCGGCCUUCAUUGAAGUAAUACAUCUCAUAAUACUAAAUCUCCAACACCACCACCAAACUCUGCAGCUUUGGCUAAUAAAAUGACAGCACCUAGUCCAUAUACGCCCUAUCUACCGCCAGCACAGCCAAUUGAUUUAAGUACCUUUAAAGGUUUUAAAUUCGUUACACUUGAUGAUUUAGUGGUAGAAACACGUGAUAUUGAUGACGAUGUUAGUGGUACAUUUGAAUGGCAGAUGUGUGCAGGUCAAGAAGAUCUAUGUAUAAAAUUUAUUCGCGAGAAAUGUGUUAAUAAACGAACAUUCUUGAUUACCUCUGGUGGGCGCGGAAAAAAUGUUGUACCUCAGAUUCAUGAUUUACCACAACUUUAUGCAAUUUAUGUUUAUUGUCAAGAUGUUGUAGGUCAUCAACAAUGGGCAUCUAAAUUUUCAAAAGUACGUAUUGUUUGUAAUGAUGAUAGAGUGUUACAUCCGCAACUUGCUGCUGAUGUGGCACAAGCCAAUAUUGAUUGGGGAAAUGCACUUCUCAAUGCAGGUAAACGUGAUGAAGCUAAAACGAAAUUCCAAAAAGCAUUGGACAAUUUAACUAAACAUGUUAAAUUUUCUGAUCAAGGUUUCAUGAAUCAAAUGCAAAAAAAAUUAGCUGAAUGCAAUUAA